AUGCAAGCCACCGGGGAUUUUGGGCCUGCGCCUGUGGGCGUUGACCUCGCUGAGAACCAGCAAAGCCAAAUGCUCGGUGCAGUCAUUACCUUGAUGACUAUUGGAACCCUGGCGGUUCUUUUGCGUGUAUACACACGAGCAAAGACAAGUCAGACAAACUUCGGUCUUGAUGAUUUUUUAAUAUUUGCUGCUUUGUGGUUCGCUUAUGGCACUGGUAUAUGCGUGAUUAUCAGUAUUAGAUACAAAAAUGGAUGGCAUCAACAAGCUCUCACCAAGUCCGAAUUCGUCUCGCUCUGGAAGCUCCUUUUCGCACAUGUCUUUCUUUAUUCGGCAACGGUUACUUUGACCAAAUCCUCAAUUCUUAUGUUCUAUGGUCGCAUUUUUAACCUACGCUGGUCCUUAUAUUACGCUACGGCGAUCAUUCUAGGUUACUUCGUGGCUGUCGUUGUCACCAUUUCGGCCGCAUGCCGCCCUACAUCAUUUUUCUGGGAACAAUACACGGACCCCACGGCUGAAGGGACAUGUAUAGAUGUUCCUCAAUUCUUCUUGAUCAAUGGCAUCUUUGCUGUCGUGAUUGAUGUUAUGAUUCUGUGUGUCCCAGCUCCUAUUAUCUGGAGACUGCAAAUGCCCAGAUCGCAGCGCGUUGCAGUUACCAGUAUCUUGCUGCUUGGUGGAUUCGUCUGCAUCGCCGGUAUUGUUCGCGUUGUCUUCUUGCACAAAAACACACAGUCUGGAGAUCCAUCCUGGACAAUCGCCCCCGUCUUCGUGUGGUCUUGCGUUGAACCUUUCAUUGGAAUUGUCUGCGCCUGUCUACCGACCUUUUCACCUUUAUUCCGCCGCUGGUGGGCCAUUCUGGGAAUUAAGAAGUCGACCACCAAGAAACGGGAAGAGGGUUAUUAUGGUUCAGCGGGCACUCGCACUCACCGUUCGAUGCAACACACAUCUGAAGAUGAGGAAGAUGAGCCUCAUGGUGAUGAGGUUCAAUUGACUAACUUCCCUGGUUGGCCACUGAGCUUCUUGCGUGGGAAAGGUAACAAAGGCGAUGUAGGAGACACUAGGAUUGAGAUUAAAGAUGAGGUCACAAUCUCGUUUUCGGUCAAUCAAAGUGCCUGA